AUGUUGUUCAAUGUAACAAGGACUGCGAUGCCAAGUGCAAGGCCAUCGACGCUCCCGACUGCGAGCCUGGUCCCCACUAAAUGGACGGUGCAUGUGGGCACAUAUAUGUUUAGCCAAGGCUAUUCACAAUAA